CCCCGAACUUGUAAACUGCACCCAUGUCGCUCCUCGCGCGCAACGUCGCCCGCUCCUCCCUCCGCGCGGCGCGCCCGAUGGGCCGCCGUGGCUACCUUACUCCCAACCCCGAAGCUGCCGAGCAGUUCGUUGCCCGCCAGAAGGCCGUCGAGCAGCACGCCGCCGAGACGACCGACCUGUGGCGCAAGGUCAGCUUCUACGUCUGCAUUCCUGCCAUGCUCGUCUGCGGCGCCUACGUCUACAAGAAGGAGACGGACCACCUAGCUCAUCUUGAGCACCUCCGCCACGAGAACGACGGCGUCCUUCCCCAGCCUCCCGAGUACGAGUACCUUAACAUGCGCCGCAAGCCCUACCCUUGGGGCAAGAACUCUCUUUUCUUCAACCCGGAGGUGCAGAAGAACCUUGAGGAGGAGUAGACAUUUUCAUCUUGCAAUCAACAAGUUUUGGUCGAGACAUAGUCUGGACCGCGUCUGAUGACCUUGCGGGGAGCCUACCCUUCCGACGUCUGCCGAGCAUCAAAACAUUAGAACGAC